GCACUUCGGUUUAUGUGACGUCCGCUCAGUCGAAGGUGUUUUCGUGCGCGUGUUUAAACUGUCAUGUAAAAAAGAAUCUAGUGUUUUAUAGGAAACAACACCGAAUCUGAAAGGAUGUCAGAGAAAACAGUAACAGAGGAAAAGCCUGAAAUUAUCGGGAAGAAGUCCGAGGAUAAGAGGGAAAUCGAAGAUGAGGAAAGGAAGAUGAUCGGAGGCAGCGAAGAGAUCUCGAGGACGGAGGUGGAGAAGAAGAAGAAAGCCUUGGAAGAGGCUGCUGAAGGAGCUGCAAGAAGAAGGGCUCCUAUUGGAGGAAUAAGGGUCCCCGGUUUCCUCAGGGUAUCCAGGUCUAGGGAUAAGAAUAAGGAAGACGAUGAAGAUGGCGAAGAAGGAGCUGAUUUGCUGCCUCAGCCAGCCCCUGAUACAAAAUCUCCUGUUGAACCAAACCCAUCACAGACGCAACAACCAUCUCAGAACAAACCAAUUUUAUCAAAACUUAACUUAACAGUUCCUUUCAUUAAGAAGAAAAAGACAGUAGAAGACACAACAAAUAAUGAUGAGGAAAAACCGCCUAUUGUAGAGGAUCAAGAAGAGGGACCAAGAAAACCAAAACUCAUUAAUGCUAUAAAAUUACCGUUAGCAUCAAUCGUUCCUAAAAAAUUGAAACCUACUAAGCAGGAAAAUGAAGAUGGAGGAGGUACACAAGCUGGCUUGGCAUCAAUGGAAACUUUAGAUGACUCAAAUGGCUCCAAGGUUGAUGAAAAACAAUUGGAACUUAUUAGACUGGAACACGAUCUGGAUCUGGAAAAGCAAGCUUUAGAAGAUGAAGCAAAGCCGAAAUGGUCUAAAAAAGAUUGGAAACGAUUCUGGAAGUUCAUUAAGGAAUAUAGAUUUGCUGUUGGUGGAAUUACGAUAUUUGUUGUACUGCUUAUCAUAUUAUUAUUUUAUGUUGCUUUUGGACCAAGACCAGCACCCCAUGCACCUGUUAUUGAUGGUAAAUAUGUCAAUGCUGUUACUUCAUGUGGACUCGUAGAAGGAUUAUCGGAAAAUGGAAUUUUUGUUUUCCGUGGUAUACCCUAUGCCAAGCCGCCAGUGGGGCCUUUGCGCUUUGCACCUCCUCACCCUUUUACUUUAAAUGAAUGCUGGAAUUCUACAUUUAAAGCUCAUAAUGCCACACCUUCCUGUUGGCAGAUGUUUUCUAAUGGUUCAAUAGAUGGCAUUGAAGACUGCCUUACUAUUGACAUUUUUACUCCUCAUGUUCGAUAUGAUUCACCAUUACCUGUUGUAGUCGCUGUAGGAUUGGAAGAAUUGGCAAUUCAACCAACUAUAGUGAGAUCUAGGGAUGUCGUUUUGAUUGUACCAAAAAUUCGUCUGGGCCCACUUGGCUUCACUUCAGCACACCAACUAACUCAAGCUACUUAUCCCAAGUCAUCAGGAAAUUACGGACUUGCUGAUCUUAUAGCCGCUCUUAAAUGGGUUAAAUUAAAUGCAGAACAUUUUGGUGGCGAUGUGAACGAAAUCACACUUCUAGCCUGGAGGCAAGGAGCAACUCUUGCUACAGUUCUUACCACAAUUCAUAAACCAAAGAAUUACUUUACUCGGCUAUGGAUUUCGAGUGGAUCAGCAAUUUUCCCUAAUCAAACACUGCAGGAAUCUGAAAAGGAAUCCGAUGAAUAUAUCAGAGCUCUUCCAUGCCCGACUGCACCAUCUGCGAACUGUCUCAGGACCUUGGAUGUGGAAGAUCUCUUGGAUGCAGUACCAGAUAGUUGGAGACCAAUUCCACGAGGGGGCCUUCCUGACAAGGAACAAAAGAGACAUUCCUGGUUGGUCCAGGAUGGAAAUAUCAUAAGGGAAUAUCUUUACAGUGUUUGGGAGAGGCAAAUGGAAGACAAAGAUUUCCAACCUAUUCCUAUUGUUAUUGGUACCACAGUUCAUUCCGAAGUUAGCAGAGAAUGGAAAGAAGCACGUGCUGGCUAUACUGAAGAUGAUGUGAGAAAGGAAAUCGAGAAUUCUCUUAUCGGAAAGAUGAACUACACCGAUAAGGUUUUAGCUCUCUACAAUAGCACUGUAACUGGUCUGGCUGAAAUAGUGUCAGACAUAGCUACCGUAUGCCCAUUAUACUUCUUGCAUCAGAAAAUACCAGGUGCUAAGUUCUACCUCUUAAAGCAGACUGCUGCUGGUGAUGAUCUUGUUUAUGGAGGGUCAGAUAUGUCUUCUGUGUUUGGGUGGGCUCCUUCUCCUAGGGUAACGAUUCGCCGGUCCAGCACCGUAUUGCAGCACAUGUUUAACCAAUUUGUAAGCCUUGGAGUUCUACCUCGCUACAAAACUACUGCUAUUACCCAAGACGAAGAGCAGAUGAGAGACGGACUUCCACGCUGUCAGCUAUGGAAGAAUGCGGGGCUCUUAGAUUAUGCUUGGGUCGACUAAGAAAAUUAAACAUAUUUAGUUUUUAAAUAUUUUAAAAUGACAAGCAUUUAAAUGUAUAGUUUGCUUUUGAUGUCUCCUUUGUUUUAAUGCAAUGAAUUACUUCAAUGAAUGAGUUUUAUCGAGUGAUAUAUGUUUGGUUGUAAUUUAUGUGGUGGUAAAUAAUGUUGUAUAAUAUGCAUUUAGACUGGUGAGUUGUCUUUGAUGUAAUAGCUAUGAAUUAGCUGUUAUUCAGCUUGCACUUGGAUUCAUAUUUAUUUAUAAAAAUAUACCAUGGCCUAUUUUUAUUAAAACAGAAUAUUUGGUGCUUCCUCUUUUGAUAAAUUUUACACAUUGUUUGUCAAUAAUAACGUCACACUUAAUAUAACUUAAUUCAGUGAAUGGUAUCGUGUAUUUUCAUUGUAGUCACUCUUAUUGUAACUUUUUAACUGGGAACAGUAACUUGCAUUUUAUAAUUAUACGUAUUUUAAGACCAAUUAAUGACUAUAUUAAUCUUACGUAAAUAUAGGCUAUCAUGUAAGUUUAUCCAAAGCCUUAUAGUUUAAACAUUGCUAAUGGCAUUGUCACUACUUAAAUUUUCAUCUUAUUUUUAUGAUCAUCUGAUACAAGGAUGAAUCCUUUAAAAUCCAAAGAUGGAAAUUAAUUAAGUUUUUUUUCUUCUCGACUAACUUCCAAAAAUUAAAAUGCUGGUUUAGAAUAUACUAAAUUUUAUAAAAUAUCAGAAUUCUGAUUAACAUAUGACUAAAUUAUAUAUUGCUAUACUCAUUCAACUUGUUUAUUAAUUUUCUUGUUUAAUUAACUUAAUCAUGGUAUGAUAGGGUGUUAUAGUUAUAGAAUGAAUAAAAUAAUUUUCUGUUGAAGCCGAUGAUUAAAUAAUUUCAUUAACCCCAUGGAAUCGAUUCUUAUAUCAAUAAAUACUACAAGAGAAAUCCAUACAGUUUGUGAACUUAAUAAAUUCCACUCUUUUAAAAUUAGUGUGACCAGAAUAAGGCUUGGGUCUAAGUAGCUUGAGUAUUGUGAUAUUUGUUUAACAAUCUGAAACAAAAAAUAAAACUACUGAGACUGAUUUAAGAUCAAGUCCAAAUAAUUAUUCCAAAUUUUUUCCUUUUUUAUUGUUUUAACAUUUAACUGUAAUUCACUGUUUUUAAUGGUGUUUAGGCAUGAUGAAAUCUUAACGUUUAAGACUAAUAAAAGGUGAUAUUUUUCUACCUUUGUUACUUGACAUUUUGUAAUUUUUUAUGAAAAGAAAUUAGAUUGAAUCAGAAUGAUACUUUUCAUAGAAGCAGUGUUAAUUUAGGAAAAUAAUAUUAACACAACACAUUUUGCAUAUUUUCUUUUAUUGUAU